AACAACUUAUGGCUUGUCAGACCAUUUAACUUGAAAGACCCAGACCACCCGCUUGUCCAUACUUUUGAGUUGGUAUUUACACAAACGCCGGUAAAAUUGGUCUUAGCGAAUUAUAAGGCAAAUGACGAAUGCUGCCAUCUAACAGAAGUUUCGAAAAUCAUUUCGCAUUCAGACUAUCACCAUCUCGACAAAAGACUUUGACAAAACAAAAACAAAAUUUCUUUUGUAAAAGCCGAAAUAUUCGUCUGCUGCUAACAGUUCAGUUGUUAUUAUGACGGUUCAUUGGAUAUAUCGAAACGAAAUAGAAACGCGCGCGUGAAAGUUCUCCGGAAAUGUUUGUUCGAUUGACAAUUUCAACAGAAUUCAGAUCAGUUAUCCGUAAAAUAAAACUCUGCUCUCAACACGCACACCGAACCAGUAAUCUCGCAGUUGGAUCGCUAAGUCAUGGCUAUAAUUGGAUUGGUGCACUUCAACUGUACCUUUAUUCUUCCCAAUAGCAAAGCGACUACACGUCCAAAACACUAUUACUGACAACACGACUCGCACCAAUAAUUCACUGUGUUAUCAGCUAGCGAACAGGCAACAAGUAGAACAACAUCAAACACACGACAAAGAGAAUGACUGAAAAAUCGAAAUUGAAUCAAGAUUUGCAAGAUGAACGCCAGAGAAUCCCGUUUAAUGUGGAAGCGUUCACGAAUUGGUACUACGGCGGUGAAGCGAAUGUCAAGGAUAUUCUCGCUGGUGGAGAAAUUGUGCUCGAUGUACGGACCGGAGAUUUACCAGUUCGAAGGUGUGACGUACCACUCGUUUCCCAAUGCACAGAGAUUGUCGAGCCCAGAGGUAGAGGGACAACUUCGAUCCGCGUCGUCCGGUUAUCGAGCAAAGUUCAUACAGAAAUCGGCGAGAUUCCACCAGCUACAGGAAUUCGACUACAAAGCAGCUCAUCAAGAACUGACGAAACUAACAGGAAUCGGACCCAAGGUUGCCGACUGCAUUUGCCUGAUGUCGUUGAAUCAUCUGGAAGCGAUUCCUGUCGACACUCAUGUCUAUUAAAUUGCCAAAUUGCAUUACCUUCCCUGAUUGAAGGCUGCGAAAAGUAUCACGGCCAAAGUGUACAACGAAAUUGGCGAAAAAUUUCGCGAAGUGUAUGGAGACCUAGCAGGAUGGGCACAGACGGUACUCUUCUGUUCGGACUUGGUGAAUUUUAAGGAAAACAGUGGCUAAGAAGCGACGUAAGAAGUCGUAAGGCUGGCUGCUUGUUUGCAUUGUUAGGUGUAAAAAUGUUCUUUGUCUUCGUGUUUUAGCAAUAAAUCGUUUUUUC